UAGUCAUGUGAGCCUCAGAGCGGAAGUGGCUCAGCUGGCUGAUGGCGGCGGUGACAUGUCUGUUCUGAGCGGUCCGCAGGAAAACUGCGACUUUAAUUCUAAUUUCUGUUUUCUCUGCGUCUCUGGGGGAGUUUUAGUAGCAAAGUGACAGCAUGGCUUUUAUUUAAGUUUCAUCCCUUUCAGCUGGAAGAUUUUAAGUCGGCGGAAGGACACAGAGAGAAGAGUCCAGAUUCAUCCUCGCAGCUGCAGCCAUGUCUCUGGGGGAACACGCGUCGGACUCGGCGCCGUUCUUCUCCUCGGACAGCGAGGCGGAGGCCGUGGAGGAGGAGGAGGCGCAGCGGGAGGAGGAGCCGGCCAGCGGCGUGUCCAGGGUCCGAGCGCUGCUCACCGUCUUCAUCCUGUGUUACAUCAACCUGCUGAACUACAUGGACCGCUUCACCGUGGCAGGGGUUCUUCCUGACAUCGAGCACUACUUCAACAUCAACGAUGAAAAGUCCGGUUUGCUGCAGACAGUUUUUAUCUGCAGCUACAUGGUUCUGGCGCCCGUGUUCGGUUACCUUGGCGACAGGUACAACAGGAAGUACAUCAUGUGCGGCGGCAUCACCUUCUGGUCGCUGGUGACGCUCUCCAGCUCCUACACGCCCAAACAGCACUUCUGGGCGCUGCUGCUGACCCGAGGCCUGGUGGGCGUGGGCGAGGCCAGCUACUCCACCAUCGCCCCCACCAUCAUCGCUGACCUGUACGUCAAGGAGAGGAGGACCAGCAUGCUCUCCAUCUUCUACUUCGCCAUCCCCGUGGGCAGCGGUCUGGGCUACAUCGUGGGCUCCCAGGUGGGCGUGGUGGCGAGCGACUGGCACUGGGCUCUGCGUGUGACGCCGGCGCUCGGCCUCAUCGCCGUCCUGCUGCUCUUCUUCGUGGUCCAGGAGCCGAAGCGCGGCGCCGUGGAGGCGAGGGCGGAGCUGCGGCGCACCAGCUGGCUGACCGACCUGCGGGCCCUCAGCAGAAACCGCAGCUUCGUGCUGUCCACCCUGGGCUUCACGGCGGUGGCCUUCGUCACGGGCUCCCUGGCGCUCUGGGCGCCCACCUUCCUCUUCAGGGCCGCCGUCUUCAACGGGAAGAAGGCGCCGUGCGCCGACGAGGCCCACUGCGCCUCCUCCGAGAGCCUGAUCUUCGGCGUCAUCACCGUGGUGACGGGCGUGCUGGGCGUGUUCAGCGGCGUGCAGGCCAGCCGGCUCCUCCGGACCAGAACCGCCCAGGCCGACCCGCUGGUGUGCGCCGCCGGCCUGCUGCUGUCGGCGCCGUUCCUCUACCUGGCCAUCGUGUUCGCCCAGGGAAGCACCGCCGCCACAUACGCCUUCAUCUUCCUGGGGGAGACCUUCCUCUCCAUGAACUGGGCCAUCGUUGCAGAUAUUCUGCUGUACGUCGUGGUUCCGACCCGCCGCUCCACGGCUGAAGCCCUGCAGAUCGUCAUCUCUCACCUGCUGGGAGACGCUGGCAGCCCCUACCUGAUCGGAGUGCUCUCGGACUCCCUGAGGAGAACCGACUCCUUCCUCUGGCAGUUCCGCUCGCUGCAGCUCUCGCUGAUGCUCUGCUCCUUCGUCUCCGUGGUGGGCGGGGCCUUCUUCCUCGCCACCGCCCUCUUCAUCGAGGACGACCGCGGUCGGGCGGAGAACUACGAGCCCACAGCGGACGAGCCGAUCGUGGUGCCGAAGAGCGGGCGGUCCACCCGCGUGCCGGUGUCCAGCGUGCUCAUCUGAAGCUCCGCCCCCUCCGCCUGAUUGGACCAUCUCCUGCAGAUGUUUUUUUUAAUCCGUGUUCCUUUUUACGGACUUGCUGAGGUCCAGAGGUUCUGCAGAGAACCAGGAGCCGGAGCGGCCCGGUUUACCGGUUCCGUUGGCGGCCGGGUCCGGUCCGGUCCGGCACCAGAACCACGUAGCGUUGUUUUCUAAUGUCUGUAACAAGCAGGUUUGUUCCUCUUUUAAAGCCACAGAAGAAAGUUCUGACCCGGUCUGAGACGGUUCUGCAGGUUCCCUGCAGCACAUUUCAACUCUUAUGCUUUUUAAUUCAUGUUUGACUGAUUUUAGCUUCAUUUCUGAAAUAAAACGGAUCUUUUGAAGCUC